GAUCGUCUUCUAGUACACCAACGUCCUCGGUGUCCUCCAGUUUUAACCGGGGUGAUGAUUGGUGGUACGCGAUGCAUAAGAAAGAUCCUGUUACUAAACAGAGAUUCAUUCCAGAUGAGGAAACAAAGAAAGCAGCUGACAAAUACGUAUUUGGAGUACAAGGAGAAGCAAGCCAAGGGUGAAUUCAUUCCGGUUCGUAACAGAGACGCCCUUUUUAUGGCUCUUGGAGAGAAGCCAGAUCAUCCGGGUCGCUGUUACGGUUUUGGGGGUGUUAAUGUUGGCUAUACCAAGGCUUUUGGACACGUACCUCGUACGCACUAUAGGAGAUCGAUGAAGGAACAAGAGGAGGCACUCAUACAGAAAAUGAGUGAAAGGUGGAGGGAGGACAUUGCCACAUAUAUGCAGAAUGUGAUGAUUUCACCUUCACAUCCAUCUACCGGGCCAUAUUCUUCACCAUCUGGUGGGCCAUCUCCUUCUCAUGUACAGCCACCUACUCAGUCACCUGGGCUGUAUCAUUUUUUCCUUCACCAUUUGCUAUGCCAUCUCCUCCUACACAGCCGACUCAGCCUCCUAUUCCAACAUCUGCUUCACCAUUUCCUGGGCCAUAUUCUGGGCCAUCUCCUGGGCCAUACCCUGGGCCACCUCUUGGGCCAUCUCCUGGGCCACCUCUUGGGCCAUUUCUUGGGCCAUAUCUUGGGCCAUCUCCUGGGCCAUCUCCUGGGCCACCUCUUGGGCCACCUCUUGGGCCACCUCUUGGGCCACCUCCUGGGCCAUCUCCUGGGCCAUCUCCUGGGCCACCUCUUGGGCCACCUCCUCGGCCAUCUCCUGGUCCAUCUCCUGAGGUAGCUGCUUCACAGCCCACUCAUCUACGUACUCCAUUAUCUGGAUCAGACACUCAUUUUCCU